AUGGAGGAGUCCAGCGCUCGCGCCUCCGGGCGGGAAGGGCCGGGGGCGGGGCUUGAGGAGCUGGGCACGCCCCCAGAGCCCGCGGAGGCUUCCCCCCCACGUGGGGACACCCCAGAGACUGAGCUGCCAUUGGAGGAGUGGCGGUUUCCCCACUUCGAUUUUGGGGCUCCCCCCCGGCCCGUCUGGGGGGCACGGCAGGAAUUCACCCACAGGGCCCAGAACUUCCUGAGGGGCUGCAAGUGGGCCCCCGACGGCUCCUGCGUGCUGACCUGCAGCGAUGACAACGUCCUGCGGAUCUUCGACCUGCCCGCGCGCCCCGCGCCCUGCCCCGGGCUGCCCCUGCCUGAACUGGCCCCAGCGCUGAGGCUGCCUGAGGGUGACUCCAUUUACGACUUCACCUGGUUCCCACUGAUGGACUCCAACCAGCCCCACAGCUGCCUGGUGGCCUCCAGCAGCCGGGACAACCCUGUGCACCUCUGGGAUGCCUUCGAUGGGACCCUGCGAGGCUCCUUCCGAGCCUACACCCACCUGGAGGAGCUGGUGGCUCCUCACUCCCUGGCCUUCACCCCUGAUGGCUCCCAGCUGCUGGGAGGCUUCGAUGGAGCCCUCAGGAUCUUCCCCACAGAGCGGCCUGGGCGGCACUGCCAGCACUGGCAGCUGCACCGGGGCGGGCAGGGGCAGCGGGGCCUGAUUGGCUGCCUGGCGGUGAGUCCCAGCCAAUCGCUGGUGGCUGCUGGCUCCUAUGGGCGGAGCCUGGCACUGUACCCGCUGCAGGGGGGCGGAGCCCUGGCAUUCUGGCCACGCCUCCCUGCUAGCCCCACCCACCUACGCUUCAGCCCCGAUGGCAACCUCCUGUACGCCGGGGGGCGCAAGGAAGUGGGCAGGGUCUGGACCAGAAGUCUGAGCCCCUGGCCCCGCCCCCAGGACACUCACAUCCGCUGCUGGGACCUGCGGCGCCCCGAGCGCCCCCUGCUGGCCAUGGAGCGCAAAGUGACCACCAACCAGCGCCUGACCUUUGACCUCGACCCGUCGGGGAGGUUCCUGCUGGCAGGGGACACUGAAGGCUUCCUCAGCCUCUGGGACACACUCAGCCCCCCUGGCCCGGGGGACCCUCCCCUGCUGCCCCCCACCUUCCGCUUCCGGGCACUGCACGACUGCCUCAACGGCACCAGCCUGCACCCAGGGCUCCCCCUGCUGGCCACGGCCUCAGGCCAGAGACUGUUCCCCACGCCCUGGGCCGAGGACAGUGACAGCGACGGCCAGGAGGGGGCAGAGCAGCAGAGGCCCCCCCUGGGAGGGGACAAUCGGCUCCAGCUCUGGUGGUGGGGACCUGGCAGCUGGCCUGAGGACACCUGGAGUGGGGAGAGUGGAGCUGGGGACAGCGAGGGUCCCCUGCCGGAGCACACCUGA